AAAAUUCCAGGCUGAAGAGUGACAAUGACUACUGAGUACCUACUGACCAUUGACUACACUACACGUGCUCUCAGCACGCACACGGAGAAGCGAAAAUAUCCCAAAGCAUGACCCGACGACCACAUCAAGCAGAUAAACGUGGCUCCCAGAGGCCAAACUCAACACAAAAAUCAAAUCCGCUGUCGGAAGUCUCCAUUCCACUCCACUCCACUCCACCCUCCAGCAGAUCCUCAACAAGCCACGACCAGAGCUGCCGCGGCGAGCGAGAGCGAGAGCGAGGGGCCGGCGUUCGACCGACGACGAGAUGAGCGUGGUGGUCCUGGACGGGUCGACGGUGCGGUCCUUCGUGGCGGACGAGGCGGCCUUCGCGCGCAGCGUGGACGCGCGCUUCGCCGCGCUCGACGCCAACGGCGACGGCGUGCUCUCCCGCGCCGAGCUCCGCCGCGCGCUCGAGUCCUUCCGCCUCCUCGACGGCGCGGGCUUCGGCUCCGCCGAGCCGGCCCCGCUCCCCUCCGAGGUGGCCGCCUUCUACGACGCCGUCUUCGAGCAGUUCGACGCCGACCACAGCGGCGCCGUCGACCGCGCCGAGUUCCGCGGCGAGAUGCGCCGCAUCAUGCUCGCCGUCGCCGACGGCCUCGGCUGCCAGCCGCUCCAGGUCGCCGUGGACGACGAGGGCGGCAGCUUCCUGCUCGAGGCCGCGGACCACGAGGCCGCCAUGAUCGCCGCCAGGGUCCAGGAAGAACGCGACAAGGCCGCGGCCGAGGAGGCAGCCGACGGCAAGUAAUGACGGCGCCGACGGCUCCACGGUGUGUAUACGUGUCAAGGUGGAGACGUGGAGUGCCGCGUGGCGUGUACGUGUGAGACGAGUGGUGUGCCGCGUGGCGUGUACGUGUGAGACGGGUAGUGUGCCGCGUAUGUCCUGAUUCCUUAGUGUAAUGUACCGAAUGUUAUGAAUAAAAUCGUUUGAGAUUCUCCAAA